CUGGCUCCAGUAUGAAAUCAUGACCCUCCCUGCGCUGUCACUGUCAGUGCCGGCGACCCUGAGGAGCCCCUCUCCGUCCCAAGCACGACAAGGGAUAAUUACAAUCACCGCCCCAGGAGACACGAUCGACCACGCCAGCGUCGCCGUUAUCCGCUGGCAUGCCAGUCCUCAUCUGCGCAGGGCCCACGAUCCCUUUGCCUGGCCGGGCAUCUCAAGAGGUCAGUAGUUCCAGACGAGGGAAUGAUCAGUCUUCUGACCCUAGGCUCCAUUCUCACGCCAACGUGUAUGCCCCUGAGUCCAGUCCAGCGUUGGCUUGCAGCUGACGGAACGCCAGACGCUACUUAGACCACUGUCGAG